AUGCUCAGUUCGGUGUGUGUCUCCUCUUUCAAAGGACGCAAGGGUGGGAACAAGUCGCCCAACAAAGCAUGUUACAGUGCAGACAUGACUUGUCCGUCAGACAGCGAGAAAAUCGUAAUAAACUGCGGAGGGGUGCGACACGAGACUUACCGCAGCACCCUCAAGACGUUGCCCGGUACCCGCUUAUCUUGGCUUACCGAUCCGGACGCGUUUAGCAACUUCGACUACGACCCCAAAAUCGACGAGUUCUUCUUCGACCGCCACCCCGGCACAUUCACAUUCAUCCUCAACUACUACCGCACAGGCAAGCUUCACUGUCCCAACGAUGUGUGCGGACCACUGUUCGAGGAGGAACUCGCCUUCUGGGGCAUCGACGAGACGGACGUGGAGGCGUGCUGCUGGAUGAACUACCGUCAACACAGGGAUGCCGAAGAGGCGCUGGACAGCUUCGAGCAGCCCGAGCCAGAGGAGCCGGAAGACGACCUGGAGCUGACUGCGGACGGAGAGCUCAAGAGGCUGUGCCUGCAUGAAGACGGGCGCAAGAGGAGCUGGUGGAGUGUGUGGCAACCCUAUUUCUGGAAUCUUUUUGAGGAUCCAUAUUCUUCCAAGAAUGCCAAGUACUGUGCGUUCCUCUCCCUUCUGUUUAUCCUCAUCUCCAUCACCACCUUCUGCCUGGAGACGCACGAGGCCUUCAACACCAUCUACAACAAGACGGAGAACGUGACGGUGGGCAAUGUGACGCGCGAGGAGAUAGUCUACGAGGUGGUGACCGACGGCUGGCUCACCUAUGUGGAGGGAACGUGCGUCAUCUGGUUCACCAUUGAGGUCAUGAUGCGCGUGAUCUUCUGCCCCUGCAAGAAGGAGUUCUUCAGUAGCACCCUCAACAUCAUUGACUUUAUUGCUAUCAUGCCCUUCUACCUGGAGGUGGCACUGAGUGGUCUGGAUUCCAAAGCCGCCAAAGACGUGUUGGGCUUCCUGCGAGUGGUGCGCUUCGUCCGGAUCCUGCGUAUCUUCAAGUUGACGCGUCACUUCGUGGGCCUGCGGGUGCUGGGCCACACGCUCCGCGCCAGUACCAACGAGUUCCUCCUCCUCAUCAUCUUCCUCGCCCUCGGAGUGCUCAUCUUCGCCACCAUGAUCUACUACGCCGAGCGCAUCGGCGCCGACCCUGACGACCCUACGGCCGCCAAACACACAAACUUCAAGAACAUCCCCAUUGGCUUCUGGUGGGCCGUGGUCACCAUGACCACUCUGGGCUACGGGGACAUGUACCCCGAGACGUGGUCGGGGAUGCUGGUGGGCGCGCUGUGCGCCCUGGCGGGGGUACUGACCAUCGCCAUGCCUGUUCCCGUCAUCGUCAACAACUUUGGCAUGUACUACUCACUGGCCAUGGCCAAGCAGAAGCUGCCCAAGAGGAAGGGCAAGCACAUCCCUCGGCCCACCAUGCCUGGCUCGCCCAACUACUGCAAGCCAGACGCCCUGGCCAUGGCCACCGCCGGGCCGGGUAUGGUGGGCUCAGGAAGCCUGGGGGGAGGGGACUGCCCUCUGGCCCAGGAGGAGAUCAUCGAGAUCAACAGGACAGAUUCCAAGCAGAAUGGCGACGCGGCCAACGCAGCCCUGGCUAACGAGGACUGCCCCACCAUAGACAUGGUGCUUGGGGAGGAGAGAAGUCCUGCCACUGGGGGUCUGGGCACCGGCGGGAGCCGCGAGCGCUAUCCCCAUGACCGAGCCUGCUUCCUCCUCAGUACCGGAGAGUUCCGUGCCACAGACGGCAACGUGAGGAAAGUGUUGAGUUUCUAAAAUUCCCCUUUCUGUCCAAGAAGAGGAACAACCUUAGGACACAAUUCACCCAGAGCUCCCUACUGGAUUCACUGUAGGCUGAAGGGAUACGUAACCGAGAGAGAGAGAGAGAGAGAAAAAAGGAGAGAGAGAGAGAGAGGAAGAAAGAGAGAACUGAAGGUGAUGAUGAGCGGAUGAUGAGCGGACAAAGAGAUUUGGUCAUCCCUCCACGCCAGAAGCAUCCUUCGUUCCUGUGGACUCCUCAAUCAGCACCAUCCCUUCGAAAACAAACUCCAGACCAACUUGACAGACUUACAGUGACUCUGACUACCUGGAAAACACUGAAACACAUACCUUAUGUCACCCUGCUUUACCGAGUCUUAUUAUACUAGGUCAUUGACAAUGAAAUCUCAGACAGAUAAUAAAAUAAACAAACAAUAGAGCAGAAUGCUACUAGGAAAGAGCCAAAGGGUCAUGGGACAGUAGGACAAUGUUCCACAACUUGGUUGUCAUCCUACUGUUUCAUAGACAAUGUAUGCUCUUAACCACUGUCAGACGUUCCCUUAGACAAAUUACAUCUUAGUGGCUCUCAGAUACAGUAUAUUCAAUUGUUUUUAAAUCUUCCUAUUUAGUACUUCAAAGAUUGGACAUACAGUAGGGUAGGCUAUAUAAACAAACUACUGCAGUGUUCUGAGAUGACUCACCAUAGUCAGCGUGGAUGUGACUACAGAAAAGGAAAGCCAGGUGCUAGCCAAUGGCAAAACAUUUACAUAACAGUCAUUUGACUGUCUUACAGCCAAACACUAUGCAAAGCUAUGAGGCUGAACGACCACUGGGUCCAGUGACUCUUGAGUCGGCCCUCUAUGGUGACACUAUCUUCUUAUGUUCAGUCAGUCACACCCGUUGGAGUGUUUUCAUUGAUUGACAGCCCUCCUCUUACCUCUCACAAGAGACACACUUCAGAAGAUACUGAAUUAUGGGCCCCAAUAGUAGAUUAACCAGUCAUAUAGUACACCAGGCCAUUGGCCAUUUCAUAUCAGCCUGUACGUAGAUCUGACAUGAAAUACACUCCCUGACUGACUGAUAAUGACUCACGUUGCAUGAGAGAGGGUGUCGGACAGACCUACUCAUCGACCACUUUGAAGGAUUUGGACCCAAAGAAAACCAGAGUAUAUGUGUGCGCGUGAGAGUGUGUGUGCUGGAGAGUUGAGGAGCACGCCAAAGGAGAGACACUGGAAGCAUGGCCGCAACGCGCAUGCCAAGAACGGAAGCGACUGCUGGAGAACAAGGACAUACAUUGCCCUCUCUUUCUCUCUCUCAAUCUCUCCCUCUCUUUUUCUCCACCCCUCUGCAUCUCAGCAUUGCUCCCCCUCCGUAGCAAACUGCAUGGCAUGAUCGAAGAAACCUGAGGGGCGAAACGUAGAGAACAAAAGGAUGGAGAGAGAGAGACCAGAGACUUUUAUUUUUUAAACCAAACAAUCAAACAAUCAUAGUCACAUCAACCUUUUUCAAAAA